CAAGCGAGACACGGCGUCGCCGGAACUGAGACACGUCGUGGUGCGUUGGCUGGGGUAUUAAAACGCAGGGAUGUCCCGGCAAAUGGGCAUUGAAUCGCAGUGCAGAAAUAGGACACGAUGGGCCUCAACGUCUUCGGCACCGUGACUGACUCGGAAAAUGAACCGCUAUUGGCAGGCGAGUGCGGCAAGCGCCUAAUGCCCCAGAUUAUCGAUGAAACCGCCAAUGCGACACCGGACGUCGAGUGUUUCUCCGUCCCCCGGACACCCGGUAAACCCCAGGAUGGCUGGAAGCCCGUGAGCUGGGCGCAGGUCGCCAACGCCGUCAACUAUGUCGCGCACAUGCUCGUCGAAGAAGCCGGGACUCCGGCGCCCGGUACAUUCCCGACUAUCGCAUACAUUGGCCUCGAGGAUCCGCGAUACGUCGUCUUCAUCAUGGGGGCGAUCAAAGCUGGAUACAAGGCUCUCUUCAUCUCGCCGCGAAACUCGGUCGAGGCGCAGGUUAAUCUCUUUGAAAAGACGGACUGUAACCUGCUCUACCAUGAGAAAAGCCUGUCCGCGAUGGUCAGGCCGUGGGUCGACGGACGACCGGGGAUGAAGAGCGUCGCAAUUCCACAGUUCGAUGAAAUGAUAUCAACGGAAGCCGCUCCCUUUGCCUACACAAAGACCUUCGCCGAAGCCGAGUGGGAUCCCUUCGUCGUCUUGCACACGAGCGGGAGCACAGGCCUCCCGAAGCCGGUGAACAUCCUCCAGGGCAAGAUGGCGCUGAACGACCUGCAUCGCUAUGUCCCCGAUUACGAGGGAAACAUGCCCUGGCUGGCGACGUGGGCCAAGUUCGACAAGAAGCGGUACCUCUGCACUUGUCCUCUUUUUCAUACUGCCGGGAUCAUGCCCACGGUCCUCUCUGCCUUUUUCUAUAACACGCCGAUCAUCUUCCGCGAUCCGUCAGUGCCGCUUACCGGGGACAAUGUCCUUGAGUGGUUGAAGUACUCGGAUACCGGGUACACGGUUCUGCCCCCCGCUAUCUUGGAGCAGAUGUCGCGGUCUGAGGCGGCGCUUGAGGAACUCAAGAAGUUACACGUUGUUGCAUUUGGAGGAGGCCCCAUCGCCCCGGCAGCAGCAAGCAGCCUCCUCCGCGCGGAGGUAAAACUCGUCAACGCCAUCGGCGCAACCGAAUACAUCUACAUGCCCUACCUCUCGCAACCCGAUUCAUCUAUGUGGGAGUGGUUCAUUGUUCCGACUGAGCUACUCGGUAUCGAGUGGCGCCCCUUCGGCGAGGACACUUACGAGCAGGUUAUUGUACGCAAGGAUAAGGCGCAUCCUGGCGUCCAGGGCUGCUUCUACACGUUCCCAGAGUUGGACGAGUAUAGCACCAAGGAUCUGUAUCGGCCGCAUCCGACUCUCGCUAAUCACUGGACGUAUGUUGGUCGAGCGGAUGAUAUUAUUGUCUUCUCUACCGGCGAGAAGCUUAACCCGACGACUAUUGAAGGUGCUGUGAUUGGGCACCCGGGCGUUCUCGGUGCGCAGGUUGUUGGCGCAGGGCAGUUCCAUGCUGCCUUGAUCAUUGAGCCCGUGAAGCCUCCCACAAACGAGCAGGAGAAGCAACAAUUCCUCGAUGAUGUCUGGCCGAUUAUCGAAAAGGUGAACCAGGAAACCGUCGCGCACGGCCGCAUCUUGCGCGACUACGUCUUUGUUUCAGAUCCAGCUCGCCCGUUCCCGCGUGCUGGCAAGGGGACGAUUCAACGCGCCAUGGCGACCAAGCUUUACGCAGACGAUAUUCGUCGGAUCUUUGAAUCAAGCAAUAAUGGCGCGGCCGCAGCCGUUGAGCUUGAUUUGACCUCAGAGGCGACAUUUACGGAUGGUGUUCGUGACUUAGUGCAGCAGACGCUGAGACUGCCUGCCCUCGGCCUUGAAGAUGAUUUCUUCGCUGCUGGUGUUGACUCGCUGCAGGUUCUCCAGCUGGGCCGCGUGCUCAGUGCCAGUCUUGACAAGACGAUCGAACCACGAACAGUCUACGCCAAUCCCAGUAUCGCCCAGCUUGCCACUUUUCUCUACUCCGAGAUCCGUCCCAGUGCAAAUGGCACUACCACCAUCAAAACAGAUGAUAUCGCCCUCUGCCACGCCCUCGUCGAAAGAUACACGCAGAACCUCCCCGCCGCAACCCCCAACAAACCUCUCCCAUCCUCCACGAACCAAACCAUCAUCAUCAGCGGCACAACCGGCGCGCUGGGCUGCUACCUCCUCCACCAGGCCCUGGAAAACCCAAACAUCGGCCACAUAUACUGCUUCAACCGCACAGACGACGCAAAACAGCGCCAAGUCGCCGCAAACGCCUCGCGCGGCCUAACCACAGACUUCCCCUCAUCCCGCGUCACCUUCCUCACCGUCGACUUAUCCACCUCAGCCACAUUCACCCUCCCCCAAGAAACCAUCUCCAACCUCUCCACAUCCGUCGACCGCAUCAUCCACAACGCCUGGCCCGUAAACUUCAACCAGUCCGUCGCAUCCUUCGAACCACAUAUCCGGGGCGUCCGACACCUAAUCGAUUUCGCGGCGUCCGCAACAAAACGCGUACCCAUAACCUUUGUCUCGAGCGUAAGCACAGUCGAGAACUGGCCGGAUCCCGCGGUCCCGAUCCCCGAGGAACCGCUGAGUGAUUUCGCACUUGCCGCACCCAUGGGAUACGCGCAGUCUAAGCUCGUCGCUAGUAUGAUCCUCGAUCGGGCGGAGGAGGUCAGCGGGGUUCCGAGGAAUGUCGUUCGUGUUGGGCAGAUUGCGGGGCCGCGUGGGGAGAAGGGGCAGUGGAAUCCGCGCGAGUGGUUGCCGAGUCUGGUGCGGAGUUCGGUGUAUCUGGGUGUGCUGCCGAGGGAGCUCGGGGCGUUGGCGGAUAUGGGGUGGGCGCCUGUUGAGGAUAUUGCGGGGGCCGUCCUGGAGGUUGCGGGUGUUGGUGCGGCGAAGGACGUAUUGUCUGGAGAACGAGGGGGAGAGGGUGGGUACUUCCACGCUGUGAACCCGACGAAGCCGGACUGGGAGGGUGUUAUACUCCCAGCACUGCGAGAAUUCUACAGUGAGCGGAUCACACGGGAGGUGCCGCUUACAGAGUGGGUUGCAGAGUUGGAACAGAGUGCAGAGAGCACGGGCGAGGCCGAUGUAGAGAAGAAUCCCGGCGUCAAGCUGCUGGAUGCAUAUCGCCUGGCGGCUUCGAAAAGCGCCACUGAGAGGGCCGAGGGACUCGGUGCUGCGGGCUUCGCGACGGAGGUCACAGAGCAGGUUAGUGAGACUAUGCGGCGGAUGGAGCCUGUCACCAAGGAUUUGAUGAAGCGGUGGUGUGAGCAGUGGAAAUUCUAGCCAAUUGGUUAAAAUGACGUCGAACGUGUUAUGCUCGAUUAUGAUAAACAUACAAUUCUUGAAUCAAGUUCAUUACGAC